GUUCACUUUGCUGGCUUCACCUUGUGCUGGGAGCUUUUGCCAUGAGCUUGGAGCUCUGACCUGAGCACAUGGUCCAGGCUUUCGGGGAGGGCGUUGCCAUAUAGCGGCAUCAUGGCCUCAGCAAACCCUGUGGAGAGACUGAAGGGUGAGACCUUGUGCCCCAUCUGCCUGGAGUGCUUCACUGAGCCAGUGAGCAUUGACUGUGGGCAUAACUUCUGCCAGGUCUGCAUCAGCCGAUACUGUGAGGCAUGUGAGGAGGAAAGCCCUUGUCGCCCCGUCCAGUGCCCCGUCUGCAAAGGGAAAUUCAAGAAGGACAACUUCCGGCCCAAUUGGCAGCUGGCCAACAUGUUAAAGUCCAUCCUGGAGCUGAGGGCCAUGAGAGGAGAGGAGUGGGCGGGGCCGUUCUGCCAGCAUCACCAAGAGCAGCUCAAGUUGUUCUGCGAGGAGGACGGGAAGGCCAUCUGCGUGGUGUGCCGGGAGUCCCAAGAGCACCGGGAACACAGGGUGGCACCCAUGGAGGAGGCUGCCCAAACAUACAGGACCAAAGUCCAGCAAGCCCUGACUCAGCUCAGGAAGGAGAUGGAAGCUGCCAAGCGGCUGGAGGCCAAGGAGAACAGGAAGAUCAAGGAAUGGCAGGAGAAAGUGCAGGUUCAGCGUCAGAUCAUCGUGUCAGAGUUCGAGAAGAUCCGCCAGUUCCUGACCGAGGAGGAGAAGCUGCUGCUAGAGAAGCUGGCAACAGAAGAGAAGGACUUUGUGCAGAGAGUACAGGCCAACCUAGCUGACCUCUCGGAGCAGAGCUCUGCCCUGGGCAAACUCAUCGCAGAGCUGGAGGAGAAGUGCCGGAAAUCAUCUGUGGAGCUGCUAGAGGGUGUGAGGCAUUCACUGAUCAGCGCUGAAACUAUCAAACUGCGGGAGCCAGAAGCUAUCUCCACUGAAGUGAAGAAUAAAUACAAAUUCCCUGAGCGUUGCCUAGAUAUGAAGAAAAUGCUACAGAGAUUCAAGACGGACGUGACUCUGGACCCCGAGACAGCCCACGCGUGCCUGGAGCUGUCCAAGGACCAUCGUGGCGUGCGGCUGGGGGAGCUGCAUCGGGCCGUCCCAUCCCACCCCAAGCGUUUCGACACGUACCGCUGUGUGCUGGGCGUGGCGGGGCUGCGGACGGGACGGCACUACUGGGAGGUGGAGGUGGAGGCGGGCGACAAGGCCUACUGGACGCUGGGUGUAGCACGGGGCUCGCUGCGCAGGAAGGGCUGGUUCAGCAUGGAGCAGGAGGAGGGCAUCUGGGCUGUGCGCCUCAUCAGGGGCCACUACCACGCCCACAACUGCCCCAAGACCAGCCUGUCCCCGAGCCGCAGCCCCCAGCUCCUGGGCAUCUUCCUGGACUGUGACAGCGGGAGCAUCACCUUCUAUGAGGCCGAGGGCAUGGAGCCCAUCUUCUCCUUUGCUGCCGGCACCCCCUUCUCCGAGCCGCUCUUCCCAUUCUUCUGGCUCAUGUGCCCCGGCACCAGACUCAGGGUUCAACCCACGGUGUGAGCGGGGGAAGCAGGCCUGACAGGCUGGGGAAUGGCACAGGGGUGGGCAGUGUCCCUGACAGGGCCUCUCGGUGGGACAGUGGCCCCUUCCCCAUCACACCAACACCCACCCCAAUCGUCCAGUAGCUGGGAACCACUCAAGACUGUUGGAGUUGGGGGGCUCCCUCACCCUAGCAGCAGCAGGGGUGGGGGGCAGGGAGAUGAGGUAUGCCAGCCAGCUCCGCUCCCCUUACCCAGCUCUCAGGGCCGGGGGGGGGCUGCCUCGGGUAAGCGUGUGUAUACACGCUCCCAUAGACCUCCCCCCCAGCCCUGUGUACCUCCCUUGCCUACCAACCCCCCUCCCCCACCCAGAUCUGAGACGAAGAGGGGCAGAGAUGGCAGGGCCGGGCCUGGUUGCUCAGUGGGAUGAGCUCACCCGCACUGGUCAGACCUCAGUCUGUGCCCGCAGGUGGGAUGGCCUCGCUCCCCCUCUCCCCAGGGAGCUCUCGCUCUGCUGGGUUGGUUUGGUCAGGACCUUUUUUUAGGAUAAACUGAAUGUAAAGAUGAGGCAGGUUGUCAGUUACUGACCUCUCCACUCCACCCCCGCCAGGUGUGUGCGUACGUCACGCCUACAGCAGCCCCGUGGGGCAGCACCAUCUUGUGAUUCAAACCCUUAGGCACUAACACGGGAGUUAUUCAGAACCCAGAGCUCAUCGUCUUCCUAACUAAGGACAGUUUGGGGAGAAACCCACCCUAAAUCCCCCAUAUUGUCUUCACUGCUGGGUGCUGCAUUCCAGGACGUGACUCCAAAACUAGACUGUGGGGCCAUCCGGGCAGGGACAAUGUCUGGGAUCACAGGAGGGAUCCAUCAAGAGCCCAUUACUAUUACUGUGAAUCCAACCAGAAUUGGGGUCCUGUUGUGCAGGGCACUGCACAGACGCUGGCCCUGCCUGAGUCUGGCGAGAGCCUGAGACAAUUGCUCUGAGGGGAUGGGUUUCAUGCACUGUGCCCAGGAGGCUGAAUCCUGCUGUCCAAGGGCUCUGAUAAUCAGGGGUUAAAUCUAUGUGGCUCAGAGUCUUCUGGGAAUUAGAGACCCCUAGAAAAAUUUUGAUGACAUUUGAUUUUUCAGUUUUUAGCAUUUUUUAAAAACCAACCGCCUAGAUUUUAUGUUUGGAGUCAGGGGGCUUAUUUCCCCACUUUGUUCCAGGUUUCCCUCUUAGGGUUUGUUUGCUCUUACAGUGCUCAACCCUCAUCGGAUAAGCUUGCCUUGCGGGGAGCUAGCAUGGACCACCUUUGCGCCCCUCUGCCUCCUCCACCCUUUAGUCCCCCCCAUAGCCUCACUGCCUCCAUCCAACAUCCCUCCGCCCCACGCUCCUGUGCUCCAUACCCCUUCAUCCCCCUGCCCCCUCCUCUGCCUCCUAACUCUUCAUGCCUCUGCCCCCUCCUCCUCAGCCCCCAACUCUGUCCCAUAGCCCCUUUCUACCCUUCAUCCUUCUGCGCCUUUCUGCCCUGCACCUCCUGUGCCCCUCCACCGUGUGCCCUGUGCCCUGCACCCUAUGCCCCUCCACCCAUUCCCACACAGCAAUUACUGGGGAACAAGCCCCCCCGGGGCAAGAUUCCCAGAACAGUGUUGCUCCUGGGAGCAUUAGGCACUGUGGGAAAACCUGCCCACAUCCUCCUGGGGCAUGAUGGGAGGCAAGGGCUGAACUCCCACAAUUCACUCCUGCCAUGAGUAUGGCUGAGGAGUUUUGUGUGCGGGGUGUGUGUGUGUGUCCGCAGUGCCCCCUGUUGGGUCUUUGCUCCUAGCAUCACUGGUGUGUGUGUGUGUGUGGGGGGGAUGCCUGCGCACUCCAUUGGUCCAUAGGGUUUUAGGCAAGAAGGAAGCACAAGUCCGACUGUGCAGACAGACAGUGUGACGGCUGUACGUUUGGGGCAACCACUGUGUCAGAAUAAACUGGAUUCUGCAGCCACAAAAGCUGGUCUCAGUCCAGUGAGUGGAGGAAGCACCUCCACCCCCGCAGGGGAAAGGCCCCAUGUCACAUUCCCUGCCCCCAAGACAGACAGACAGCUCCUCCCAAACUCUGCCUUCCCCAAUAGCUGCAGUCCUUCACUGCAGUCCCCCCGGCACUGCCAGGCUGGGUUGUUAUUGUUUAUUUAUGUGGGGCCUAUAGGCCAGGUGCCCAUUGUGCUGGGCGCCGCACAAACACAGAACAAAGAG